AUGGAAUUUGACAGUUGGAAAUUGUUCGUUAAGUGUUGUGGAUCAAUUGAUGUUAUUUUAGUUUUUCAUUGUUUUGAUAAAGUAGUGAACCAAUUUUCGUAAAGUUUAUAAUCUAUAAAAUAAAAUAGUUCAGAAUGCAAUUAAAAGGAAAACAAUCAUACAAAAGCCAAAUACGGACUAGAAAUAAACACUUAUUAAAAGAGAACGCUUCAAUUGGCACAUAUACAACUCGAUAUAGUUGUUUAUCUUCCUCAAUAAGUACAUUGACGGUUCUUCAGCUACUACAGGGAUCCUCAAAGCCGUUAUUUGAAAAAAGUGGAAAAUCAAUGCUCCAAUCGCAAUGCAAUUAUAGAACUCCAUAUAUCCCACGUGAAAAUUCAAAAUAUAGAAACCUUCCCAUAGUUGUGGUGUUUCUAAUUGUUUUCUUAGAAUGCAUUUGUGUUAGUAGCUGUGCAGAGAUUAAGAAUAAAAGUGAAUUAUUAAGUGGAGUAAUUGAAUCAUCGAUUGGAGUUAUAGUGCCUAGAGAUAUUGAAAAUGUUCCUAAAGAAAACAAGGGCAAUACAACAUCUGAUUGGAUUAAAUCCGACUCCGCGAUCUCGAAGAAUAUUAUGAUUGCGGCACAAAUAAAUGUUCGUAAAUAAUAACAAAUGUACGUCCAAAAAUGAAAACAAAUUGACUAUCCAGAAACUAGUAUUGUGGCUUCUUUCGGAAUUAACUCCACAAUUUCUUUAUAGUUAAGGAAGGAAGAGUCAACUACUAUUUAUGGAAAAUUUGAUUUACACCAUAGUAUAAAUAGCAGUGUAAUUUUGGGUUUCUACUAAUAGGGAAAUAGAAUUAACAUACUCCUUAGCAUUUAAUAGCUUUAGAGUAUAAAUGCGAUGAAGGAAAAGUUUUAUUUAAGUAUUCGAGGUGGUCAGAUAUGUACUAGAAUUUAGAAAAUUUGUUAACCAAAAGAACGCUCUCCAGUUUUCCUCAUUAUUUUUGCUAUGCGAACGAAACAGACACAAAUGUAGAAUAGCAGGUACUAGAAUAGAUUAAUGAAUUAUAUAGUUAAAAUAAAUGUAUACUUAUAUAAAUAUAUACGGUUUAAGUUAAGACCCGCUAACAUUUCACCCGAAUAAAAUAUGUAUUAUAUUGUAUAUAAGAGAUAGAAAAAUUUUUAUUAUUAUAUGUUUACGUUUUGCACUCUACCAUAUUUCAUUAUUGUUUACUCAGACCGGGUGUAUGUUCAGCAUUUUAUACAUGAGUUUGGGUGGACAUCCAUUUUUUUGAUUAAUUGUAAAAAGACCUCCUGCUGAUAAUUUGCAACUCAUAAAUUAAGACUUUCAAUCUGAAAAAAAUAAAUAUUUGUAUGGCAAAAAUUAAAUGGAUGGCAAAAUCGUUUUUAAGUUCGAGCAGAAGAAGUUUUUUGAACAUCCGAAAUUCUUAAUCCUUAUUGAAAUUUUUUAGAUUGUAUAUGUUGGUUUUCAGUUUUAAACCGCUCCACUGCCUGUUGAAGUGAACACGAAUAAGACGGUUUAAAAUUAUUCAACUUGAGUUUUAUACAUACAUGCAUACAUAUAUACAUACAUAAAUCAAAAUGCAUAGAUUUUCUUUGCAAUAUAUAUUUUUAGUCCUAACAAAAUUCUUCACUCUAAGCUUUUAGCCUCGUGAUAAAAUUCGCAAAAAUUUCGAAUACAUAUUCAUAAGCUCACAUAUGUACAUGUACAUAUAUAUCUUUACAAAAUCGAGUAUAAUUUGGUGUUGCAAAGUCAAAUAAACAAUAUACUUGUAGUACCUACAUACAAAUUUGCUUGUUUUCAAAAGAAUUAUUAAAACAAUUGAAUUAGUAUUUAACUGCUUUGUACGCAUACAUAUCAAUUAUUUGAUU